AUGGCUUCAGGUUGGACACUCGAAGACAUCCCGGCCAUGGUGCCGCCGGACGGUCAAAUACCAAAUUUUGUCAAUCCGGAGACAAUGCAUCCCGUCGUCCUCGGAGUUGCCAUUGGGACCAUGGUGCUUAUGGUCAUAGCACUCGUCGUGCGAAUCUUCACAAAGGCCUUCCUUCUACGACAGGUCAAGAUCGAGGAUUAUUCUGCCAUAUUGGGCACGGCCGGUAUCAUCCUUUGGGAGUCCAUCUUCAUCUAUCAAUCCAAGAAUGGCUUCUCCCGUCAUCUCUGGAACGUCCGCUUCGUCGACAUCGAGAAUCUUUCAUACUGGAACUACCUCGCCGAGAUAUCCUACGCUUGCACCAUGUUCCUCGCCAAAUCAUCAAUUCUCUUCCAGUUCAAACGCAUCUUCUGCCCUGGCUCCCAGCGAGAUCCUAUCUGGUGGUGCAUCCACAUCCUCCUGGUCCUUAACGCCGGCCAUUCAUUAUCCGCCAUCUUUACCUACACUUUCCAGUGCACGCCUCGCGAAAAGGCAUGGAAGCCUUUAAUGGAUGGACAUUGCAUCAACAUUGCAGCGGCCAUUAUCUUUGGAGGAGCAAUGAACCUGUUUCUGGAUUUGGGCAUGUUGAUUACCCCUAUUUGGGCCAUCUUUCGGUUACAGUUGCCUACGAGGAGGAAACUCGGCGUCUCGGCGGUGUUUGCCGUCGGUAUUUUGACCUGCGCCAUAGCCACAGUCGGCGUCGUCGUCCGCAUUCCCCUCCUUUCCGACCCCGAUCUAACAUGGAUCAUCACCAAAGUCGGCAUCUGGACCAUGAUCGAGUACUGCGGCACCAUUCUCGUCGGCUGCAUGCCUUCGUUCCCUCGCUUCUUCCUUUUCCUACAAGGCAAGGAGCCAUCAAUUACCAACAACGCCACACGUGGCUCUUACACCACCCGAUCGAGACCGAAGACGGCCGGAAGCAUGAAGUCCAACAUAACAGGGAAGAGGCCAUGGACAGGACACAGUCACUCGAUGAGCACCAAGACCGUAAACUCGCACGCAUACAAGGACUCGAAUGCGACGACAGCUGUGGGGGUCGCCAGCCCUCAAUCCCAAUCAGCAAAGAGGUUGAUAUCCCCGACUCAAAGUAUCACCUCCAGCAACACCUUUGUCAGCCCGAUAAGCCCAAUGUCCCCGGUCUACGGGUCGCCAAUCAACAACUACAACAACUACACCAGCAUGAGGAGAGAUUCAGAAAUUGGAAUGGGUCUUCACGUAGGAGUAGGCAUCGCCAUCUCGACCGACCGUUACGAAGAACCAUUUUCCAGCCCACCUCGCACUCCGCGAAGGCCAAGCUACGGCCACAACUACGGGGAUAUGGAAAGUGGUUAUGGAGGAUACGGCCCAGGACCAGGACCAGCCCUGACAAGGCCGCGACAAGCCAGCCACGGCACAAUAAGGAGUAACAGAAGCGUGCAGUCACAAACGCAGAGAUAUCACAGCAGGUGGAACUCGUCGGUAUCAGCGGUGUCGGACAUGUCAGGAUCAUUUAGGAGUCGAUAUGGGAUCGGGACGUACUACGAGGAGGCAAGUGGGGAGGAUGAUUGGUCGCCUUUGGAUGGGCCAACUGGAGGAGGGCAUGGAGGAGGAUAUCCAGCGACGGGCGGUGGUGGGAGGAUUUAA